GAGAGAAAAGGCGAAUAAAAACGGACUCUAAACAGUCAACUUCGACGAGCACGCGCCUACCUUGUUGUUAGACUCCGACACGCCUUACUUUUGCCCGACACAGUUAUCGGCGCUUUCCCUUUAACGCGAGGCAGGUCUGGGAGCGCGCACGGGGCGCGGCGGGCGGGCGGAUACAAGUCUCCUGUUUGCAUUUUAAUGUCAACGUUAUCGCUCUUCUCAGUUGUGCCUAAUAACGGUAAUAUGAAAGGAUGGAACACCAGACACCUAGACCAUGUCGGGAUGAGACGACACUCUCGGGCAGAUGUAUUCUAGAGACACACCAGAGACACGAGGGAGUGGACUCGCGACCUCUUGAUGCCUUUUUAGAGAGGACAGACGAAUUUGGGGUGAAUCCUUGCAUGGCAUUGCUUGACAUUUUGCUCUCAGGCAUGAUGUUACACGGUUCGGUUUAGUGCAGAGGGUCCGGUGAAGUUCAUGGUUUAGUUCGCCGUCAUGACUGCUUCUCCGAAACAACUUGUUGUCAUUGUAUCCGUGCAUGAACGUCUCCGCGCAUGAACUUGCACUGCCGGCUUAGAAGAAGAAAACAAGCACCUCAGAAGUCAGUCCAUCCACACCUAAACCACACAUUUGGGACUUAAGUCAUCUGCAAGCUGAAGGUUCGAACUGCUUCCAGAAUGACCGUUGCGAACAGCGACCCUUCGGAUGAAACAGCAGUUUUUCCUGGACAGCCUCAGGACCAUUACGAAUCACAGCCAGGUCACGACUGCUGUGAGAGAGUUGUGAUCAACAUAUCAGGCUUGCGCUUUGAGACGCAACUUGAAACACUAUCCCAGUUUCCAGAGACACUUCUAGGUAAUCCAAAAAAACGGAUGAGGUAUUUUGAUCCCUUGCGAAAUGAAUAUUUUUUCGACCGCAACCGACCAAGUUUUGACGCCAUUCUUUACUAUUAUCAGUCAGGAGGGAGGUUGCGCCGGCCAGUUAACGUGACCCUGGACAUUUUUUCGGAGGAAAUACGAUUUUAUGAACUGGGUGAAGAGGCAAUGGAAAUCUUCAGAGAGGAUGAAGGGUUCAUAAGGGAAGAGGAGCGCCCUCUGCCAGACAAUGAAUUUCAAAGACAGGUGUGGCUGCUGUUUGAGUACCCAGAGAGUUCAGGUCCCGCUCGCAUUAUUGCCAUCAUCUCUGUCAUGGUGAUUCUUAUCUCUAUUGUCAGUUUUUGUCUAGAGACGUUGCCAGUUCGAACUGAAAAUCAGGACAAAUAUGCAUCUCAGUCUAUGUUUAACGCCACCUCAACCCAUGACAGCAGUACACUUUUCACUGACCCCUUUUUCAUUGUGGAGACCCUCUGUAUUAUCUGGUUCUCUUUCGAGUUCCUGGUCAGAUUCUUCGCCUGCCCCAGUAAAACUGGAUUUUUUGGCAACAUCAUGAACAUCAUUGACAUUGUAGCAAUCAUCCCUUACUUUAUCACCCUUGGAACCGAGCUGGCAGAGAAGCCGGAGGAUGGUCAGGGAGGACAGGCUAUGUCUUUAGCAAUUCUACGUGUCAUUCGUCUCGUCAGGGUUUUCCGUAUAUUUAAGCUUUCACGCCACUCCAAAGGUCUCCAAAUCUUGGGACAAACCCUGAAGGCCAGCAUGCGUGAGCUUGGACUCCUUAUCUUCUUCCUGUUUAUUGGUGUAAUCCUCUUCUCCAGUGCCGUCUUUUUUGCUGAGGCAGACGAACCACAGUCCCAGUUUAACAACAUCCCCGAGGCUUUUUGGUGGGCCGUGGUUUCAAUGACCACUGUAGGUUACGGAGACAUGGUCCCAGUGACCAUCGGGGGGAAAAUUGUCGGCUCUCUCUGCGCAAUUGCAGGUGUGCUAACCAUUGCUUUACCAGUGCCUGUAAUUGUGUCCAACUUUAACUAUUUUUACCACAGAGAGACUGAGGGUGAAGAACAGGCGCAGUAUCUGAAUAGUCCAGUCGUUCCUAAAGUUAGCUCAGAUGACGACCUCAAGAAGAGUGGCAGGGACGGUAGUAGAUCCACACUCAGCAAAUCGGACUAUGUUGAGAUCCAGGAGGUGGUGAACCAUAGCACUGAUGACUUCAGAGCAGAGAGUAUUAAAAGUGUAAAUUUUAGCCUUGGCAACACCAACUACAUAAAUAUUGCAAAGAUACGUACAGAUGUAUAAAGUGAACUCGUGUUUGUGGUUAGCGCUAAUAGUAAUAUCUUCUCUCAGAAAAGGGAAGUGUAAGACCUAAUAGCUUAUAAACGUAUCAAAACAUAUCUCAGAAGUACCCUGUGUAAUAUUAAGUGUAUGUAGUGUUACCAAAAAUAAGUCACGUAUAGAGAGACCAUAUUUUUUCUACUCUACUCUAUCUGCUCAAGCUGCCACUGAGUUAGAAACAAGGACAAUCAUAAUUUAUGAUUUAAUUUGAAUUCAUGAUUUAAUGAAAAAAAAAAAAAUCUGGCCACAUUAACAGCAUUUACAGGGACCAUAAAUCAGCUGCUGUAACUGCCAAGAUCCAGAAUCAUUGAAAGAUAGAAUCGACAAUCAGUGCUGUCCUGUGGAAAACGCUAAACUCCUCCACAGACAGAUGUUUCACUAAUAGAUUUGAAGGCACAAGGCACCUCCUCUUUUCAUUGAAUUCUAGAUUUUAUCGUAUACAUCACCUUUACCAAAAGUGUGAAUUUGUGUCUGUUGAUAUCUUACGUUCAGUAGUUUAAAACGAACCAAAUCAACCAAACUUAAUUUGCACUCCCGUCUGACAUUUGUUUAUUCUUAAAACACUUAAAAGCACAGUAUUGUACUGUAUAUCGAGAAAGUGUGGAUUUCUCAACUUGUUUGACUGUAAUCAUCAACACUGCCUACCUACUGAUACAGUUGCCCCGCGGUCAGUGCUGUUCCUCUCCACUUUUAUUGGCAUGCCAUUAUCUUAGAAGUUGAUCUGCUGUAGUUAUUCUAAUGUGCUAAGAAACGAAAAAUGAAGCGGACCAAAGAAGUGGUCCACCUCCAACGUGUGACUGGUACUGUGACUGAGCAGGACAGUCAUGAUGACUAAGCUUGCAAGCCUGUGUGUUGUUUCCUUCUCCAACUGUGUUACAUAUUUUCUUUUGCCUAAAUGAAUAACGUAGCCAAACAUGACGCAUUACAUAUACAUAUUUAUGUACAUAUGUAUAUUGUGGAUGAUAUAAAUACUGUUUUGUGAUAUAACUGCUGUGCACAAGCCGUACACUUUCAGUGAAUACAGAUUAUUCCAAAGCAUUCCCUCCUCCAUGACUGAAAUAUAUAUCAGUGAUCAUCGGGAACUAGUUGAUGUCAACUUGACUUUUACUACAUCAGUCUUGACCUAAAAAAAUACGCUCAAACAGCAAGUCAAACAGCCCCUAGUAGUUACAUGGUAUGGUAACAUAAUAAAUAUACGUAUAUACUUCAAGUUUCUCAUAAUCAGACAAUCCAGGUAUAGUUAAACCUUGACAUGUUUCAAUGGCGAGCUCCAGUCUUCCUCAGUAUCACUUGACGCUGCUGUGAUGUGUCAUUAUCAGCUGUUUAUACAAAGGCAUUCAUUGAAGUACAAAUUCUGCCAAUAAAUUAACCUACCACUGUG